AUGUCCCCACCUUUGCAACCACUAACAAUAACCAAUCUCCCUUCCUUACCAGAUCUUUUACUAACUGCACUCUCCGUUUGCUUUCUUUUCACCUCCUCCAGAUCCCACAACACCACAACAACCUCAACCAACUGUCCUUUCCUCUCUUUCCCUCUUAACCCUCGUCGUUUCCUCAAAAUCCCCGCCAUGUCCCAAACUGCCACCUCAUCGCUAUCAUCAUCAUCGUCCUCCAACCGUCGUCACAAUUUCGCAUCUCCGCAAUCUCUCUCCGAAUGGCUCAAACCUCGUUUACCCUCCGAUUCGUUUGCUACAUGGGGGGUUAAACCCGGAACAAAGAACGUUCAUAAUCUCUGGCUUGAACUUUCACAAGGCGAAACGUUACUCGAAGAUUCUAAUCCUCCGAUUCGAACCGUUCAGGUGGUUACGGUUAGGGUUAUUGGAAAAGACGGAAAAGUCCUGGUUGAAUCGCAUCAGGAAUUGUCGGAUGGUAGAGUCAGGGAGCGGGGUAGACCGUUGUCGGAGAAAAUGAAGCCCAACGAGGAACCGGAAUCGGCUGCUGUUAGAGGGAUUAAGGAAGAGCUUGGUUCUGUCAUCGGGGAUGAAACUGAGGUUUGUGAUAUAGUGACGAUUGAUCCGAAUUCAUAUGUGAUGAGGGUGGAGGAGCGGAAUUCGGGGUCUUAUCCUGGUUUGCCUGGUUGCUAUGUUUUGCAUAGUUUGAAUGCUACGGUGGAGGGUUUGCCGGAGGGUGAUUUUUGCACGGAUGAGGUUGAUGAGUAUGCUGAUUCUGAUGAAAAGAAAGUUGCACAUGAAGCUGUUUCUGUUAAGAAACAUUAUUGGAAAUGGGUUAGUGCUGAUUCUAUUCAACCUUGA